CAUCAAAAAUUCUAAGCGUGGAAUAAAUAAGUACAUACAAAUAUAUAUAUAUAUAUAUAUAUACGUAUAUAUAAAUUAUAAACAUUGAAAAUAUGGAAUCUAAUAUAAAUGAUAAUGAAAUGUCUGGAAGGACUUCUAGAAGUGCAAUUCGAAUGAGCACCAGAAUAAGAAAUAAUAGCCCGUCGCGAUAUUUUCCUACCACAAAAACAUCAGUUCGAUCUUCUAGAAAAUCACCUGCAAGGUCACUCGCUAGAUCACCCGCUAGAUCACCACCCAGAUCACCAGCUAGAUCACCAGCUAGAUCACCUGCAAGAUCACUCACAAAAUCACCUGGAAAAUCACUCGCAAAAUCAUCUGCAAGAUCGCCUGUAAGAUCACCUGCAAGAUCACCAGCAAGAUCACUAUCAGGAUCACUUACGAAAUCAGCUACAAAAUCUCCAACAACUAAUAAAAGAAAACUUCCAUUUCCCACUACAAAGUAUGCCACAGUAUCUAUUCCUCGAAUAGAGUUUCCCACUGAAAAAAUCAAUAACGAGGAAAAUAUUAUUGUAAAAAAUAAUUCCGUGAUAAAAGAUAAUCCAAUUGAAACAAUACCAUAUUAUUAUCGAUUAAAAGAACUAGAAGGUGUAUCUCGCAGAUCAAUGCGUAUUUCUAGCACACCGAAACCUGAAUCACCCCAUAAAUUAACAGCAUUUACUAAAAAUUUGGAUAGAGCUGUUUCUUUACCUGUAGAACGAACAAUUCAAUUAAAUGAUAUUACCGAUGGUAAGGAGAGAGGUCUUUCUGUACAGAGAGAUCAGGAUUUGACCAAAUCAGUAGAGUUUGAAGGAAAACUACAGUCAGAAUUAGUAACAUUAGAGAAACGUAAAAAAAAUAUAAAUUUAGUUGAGAAACCUCAGGAGUGGGGAGGAUGGUUUGGAAUUUGCAUUCUUUUGUUUAUCAUGCCUCUUACUGUAAUAGUACCACAAUUACUUUGUUCAGAAGCCAUGUGUAAAUUAGCAUAUCCAGAAAUACCAACUGACAUACAAUUAUACAUCAAUGCUUAUUCAUUUUUUGGAUACAUGUCAUUUUUACUUUUGCUGAUUAUUUUUUCUUCUAUUCCAAUUGGAAGAUCCAUCGAUGGCCAACAAAGUAAAGUCGGUAGAUUACAAUAUCGUAUGAAUGGAUUUUUAUGUGCUGCGUUAUCAUUGAUCAUACUGAACAUUUGUGUAUAUAAAGAGUUAAAAUUACACGAGCUUAUUUUAGAAAAUUCUUUACAAUUAAGUAUCAGUGGAUGGAUUCUUGGAACAAUUUUAGCAAUAUUAUUAUAUAUUAAAGCAAAUAAAGCACCUGUUGCAUGCCUUAAUAUAUUCGCAUCAACUAAUAGUAUUAUAUAUAAUUUUUGGCAAGGCAGGGAAAUAAAUCCCAGAAUUGGUUCUUUGGAUAUAAAAAUAAUAUUAUUGCGUGCCUCAGUGAUUGGAUUAAUCAUAAUAAACAAUGCUCUUAUAAUUAAAACAUUGGAAAACAGUAGCAGUUCGGAAUUGAAGGAUAUUAAUUUAGCACAAUUAUUAGUAUCCUCUUUACAAAUAUUUUAUGGCAUAGAUAUGUUAAUAUUUGAAUCAACUAUUUUAACAUCCUUUGAAAUUAUGUAUGAAGGUACUGGAUAUAUGCUGUGCGUUGGACAUUUACUUUAUCCUUUUCUGCCAACUAUUUUAUCUAAAUAUAUGUUUUUUAGAAGAACACAAAUAAAUUAUCUGUUCGCAAUACCUAUCCUAACUUUUAUUAUUGGAUACAUUAUAUACAGAAUGAGUAAUUCUCAGAAGAAUGAAUUUAGAAAAAAUCCAUAUUCUCCUGCAUUAGAUAAUUUAGAAACAAUCUCAACAUUACGUGGAAAAAGAUUGAUAGCAUCUGGUUUUUGGGGAUAUGUGAGACAUCCCAAUUAUUUGGGUGAUAUCAUAAUGCAAUGGUCUGUAUCCUGUUUAAGUAUGACAAGCGAACUCUUGCCCUAUUAUGCUCCAUUAUGUUGCACUAUAAUAUUGAUGCAUCGUGCCAUACGAGACAAUAAACGUUGUAAAUUGCGUUACGAUUAUGCCUGGGAACAAUAUUGCUUAAGGGUAAAAUACAUGAUUCUCAAUUAUGUAUUUUAAAUAUUUUUUCAUUGUAACAUAUGGAAAUUAAAUUAGAGUACUCAAAUUUAUUUUAAUAUUUAACUUCGAGAUCUCAAGAGUUUUGCAUGACAUUUAUACAACAUUUGUUAUUGUAUAAAAUAAAUGUUUAUAUUAUUUUUUAUAGUACCUUUUAUAAGUUUAAGAAAAAUAUACAUCUUUGUAUAUAUACUCUACCGAACGAAAUUUUAAAUACGUCUACUGCAUCUGCAUUGCAUACUUACAUAUAAACUGCAAAUUUUAUUGUUUUAACAUUUCUUCAUUCUUGCUCGUAUUUUAUGAUUUUACAAUUACAAACAUUCAUAAAAUCUUUCAAAUUGUUAAUAAUAAGCUUUCUCAGCAACCAAUAUUUCUUAUAUCACAUUAUAAUACUUUAAGGAUACUACUAGUAUCCUUUAAAUUUUCAUUGUAUAACAUAUUGAUAUAAAUUUGAAGAUUAUUAAAAAAUACUACUUCAAGUUUAUUAUGAACUAAGAAUUGAAAUGUGUAUGAAUUAAAAAGAUUUGGAAAUAUUUUAGAGAUUAUUAAUUUAGUGAUAUACAUAUAAGAUAUUAUAUAUUUACAAUACAAUUAGAAGUUUUAUACUUUUUUAUAUUAAAGAAAAUUGUAUAAUGACUCCCAAUAAAUAGUUUGUUACAAAACUAA